AUGAGUAAUUUGAUGGACUGUGAUGCCAACGCAACCAUUUGCAAUGGUUCAUCCUGUGUGGUACCUGAGAGCAAUUUCAAUUCCAUUCUGAGUGUGACCCUGAAUACUGUGCUCACAUGCCUGUUGGCCAUGGUGAUGUUCUCUAUGGGAUGCAACGUGGAACUCCACAAAUUCCUGGGGCACAUAAGGCAUCCUUGGGGCAUCUGCGUGGGCUUCCUCUGUCAGUUUGGAAUCAUGCCUCUCGUGGGAUUCAUCCUAGCAUUGGCCUUUGAAGUCCUGCCUAUCCAGGCCGUGGCGAUUAUCAUCACGGGCUGCUGCCCCGGAGGGACUGCCUCCAACAUCUUGGCCUACUGGGUCGAUGGCGACAUGGACCUGAGCGUCAGCAUGACGACAUGCUCCACGUUGCUCGCCCUUGGAAUGAUGCCGCUGUGCCUCUAUAUCUACACCAAAAUGUGGGCCAGGACUGGGACCAUCGUAGUUCCUUAUAACAACAUAGGUAUUUCUCUGGUGGCACUUGUUAUCCCUGUUUCCGUUGGAGUGUUUGUUAAUCACAAAUGGCCCAAACAAGCAAAGCUCAUACUUAAAGUCGGGUCCAUCACAGGUGCUCUCCUCAUUGUGAUCAUUGCCGUGAUCGGAGGGAUAUUGUACCAAAGUGCCUGGGUUAUCGUUCCCAAGCUGUGGAUUAUAGGAACAAUAUUUCCUGUGGCUGGUUACAGCCUGGGGUUUCUUCUGGCCAGAAUAGCUGGUCAGUCCUGGUACAGGUGCCGAACAGUUGCUUUGGAAACAGGGAUGCAGAACACCCAGCUGUGUUCGACCAUCGUACAUCUCUCCUUCUCCACCGAGGAUAUUAGUCAAGUGUUUACCUUCCCACUCAUCUAUACCGUUUUCCAGCUUGUCUUUGGAGCAGCAGUCUUAGGACUUUACAUGGCAUACAAGAAAUGUCACGGGAAAAAUAAUGCAGAAUUUCCAGAGAGCAAAGACAAUGAAAUAGAGCCAAGUCAUCAUAAGACGAAUGAUGGAUUUCAGCCAGAUGAAAAGUAG